AUGGUGCAGCAGCUGUGAGCCUGCAUCCAGUAUGGGGCUCCACACAGAAGCACAUACAUGUGCUUUUCUGUCAAUUCACAAUCCAUAAAUGGCUGCGAAAAUAAUCAGGGGGGUAAUAAGAGAUGGGGGAGGAGGUUCUGGAGAGAAGACUGCAGAUCAGAGGGGAGAGAUAGGAACGACUGAAUGGGGGGAGAACUGGGUGUGCAGAGGGAGGAGCAACUCUAGCAUCCGCGGCAUCUGAUUGGAAGACACCGAACGUCCUCCCGGCCAGAGCGGGAAAGCGGCGCUCCCAAGGACACAUGUCAACAAGCGGACUCUACUGAGCUCAGGGGAACUCGUCUCCGGCAUCAUACGGCGAGACUUGUCUCAGCAGCGGUUGCAGGAGCCAUGCAGGCCUUCCUGAAAGGAGCGACGCUUCAGUCCACCAAACCUCAGAAAGACAAGGCAGCAGCGGGGCCCAGUUCAGAGAAGAAAGCCAAGCCCAUUCCAUGGGUAGAAAAGUACAGGCCAAAGUGUGUUGAUGAGGUGGCCUUCCAGGACGAGGUGGUAGCAAUGCUGAAGAAGUCUCUGGAAGGAGCAGAUCUUCCCAACCUGCUGUUCUACGGCCCCCCUGGAACAGGGAAGACCUCCACCAUCCUGGCUGCUGCCAGAGAGCUUUACGGUCCCCACCUGUACAGACAGAGGGUGCUGGAGCUCAACGCCUCGGACGAACGAGGCAUCCAGGUGGUCCGAGAGAAGGUGAAGAACUUUGCUCAGCUCACUGCGGCCGGGACUCGCCCAGAUGGGAAGCCGUGUCCUCCUUUUAAGAUCAUCAUCCUGGACGAGGCGGAUUCCAUGACGGGACCGGCUCAGGCCGCUCUCAGGCGGACCAUGGAGAAGGAGUCCCGCACCACCCGCUUCUGCCUCAUCUGCAACUACAUCAGCAGGAUUAUUGAGCCGCUCACCUCCAGGUGUUCCAAGUUUCGCUUCAAACCUCUGGCCAAUAAGAUCCAAGAGGAGCGCCUGCUGGAGAUCUGUGAGAAGGAGAACCUCAAGUACACCAAAGAGAGCAUAGCGGCGUUGGUGGGCGUGUCAGACGGAGACCUGCGGAAAGCCAUCACCUUCCUCCAGAGCGCCGCGCGCCUCAACGUGGACAAGGAGAUCACCGAGAGGGCCGUCAUUGACAUAGCCGGGGUGGUCCCUCCCAAGAUGAUCGACAGCCUGCUCCACAUCUGCUUCACGGGCACAUUUGAGAAGCUCGAGGUGGCCGUCAGGAACAUGGUGGAUGAAGGUUAUGCAGCCACACAGAUCCUGAGUCAGCUCCACGAGUCCAUCAUAGAGCGCGAGCUGAGCGACAAGCAGAAGUCGGCCAUCACGGAGAAGAUGGCGGUGGUGGGGAAGUGCCUGACAGACGGUGCAGACGAGUACCUGCAGAUGUUGAGUCUGUGUUCACUCAUCAUGCAGCAGGCCUCCCACAACACCUAGACCUCCAUGUUACUACUCACCAACGGCUUUUGUACACUUUUGCAUUUUGUUAAGUAAUAAAUAGUUUUGUACAUUGA